AUGGAGUCUAGAAUUGAUGAAGGAUUCUUCGAGGCCGAUAAUAUCCAUAUUCCGGACAACCAUGAUUUGACCAAACGGGAUAUGCUUUCAUUUAUAUCCGCCGCUGUAGAUCAUCAGGGAUUAAUAGGGCAUAAUAUAGAUGGAUUUAAUGAGUUAAUGGAUAACGGAAUUAAUGAUAUUAUGCAACGGCUUUUCAGUAUAGAGCAACGUCAGAAAAAUAUCAGGACCCAAACUGAGGCAGAUAAAAAUAGGGAGGGUUUCACGAUCAAAAUACAAUUUCAUGAUGUGAAAAUCGAUAGACCCACCUGUACUACAUAUUAUACUGGACAAGUCUCGGAUCUUUAUCCUAGUCGAGCUAGACUUACAGGGCUUCCUUAUGCAGGAGCCGUCACUAUGGGCACUUCCAUUACCUUGCAGACGCAGUAUCUUGAUAAACAUAUUGAAGAACGAUCUGUAGAAAUCCCACUAACGCAAGUAGGAAGUUUUCCUACAAUGUUAGGAAGUAAUCAAUGCCAUACACACUAUUGCACACGCUCAAUAUUGAAAAAUAUGGGAGAAGAUCCUUCAGAUUCGGGAGGGUAUUUCGUAGCAAAGCGGGGCGAGUAUGUUGUAGAUUUGCUUGAGAAUAUUCGAUAUAAUAGUAUGCAUAUGCAUACCGCUGUGCGUCCUAAUGAGCAUGUGCGAGCAGAAUUUCUCUCACAGCCUGGUGGCACAUUCUCGAAUAGCUCUCAAGUACGAAUACGCUACCUUCUAAAUGGCCAGAUUACCAUCGAGAUUAAUUCAACCAAGCUAGAAAAAGUAAGCUUACCUUUCUAUCUUCUAUACAGGAUAAUCGCUUUGACCAGUGAUAGAGAAAUAGCAGAGACAAUAGUCUUCGAUGUGGAAGAUGAAAAUCCUGUUGAGGCCACACUUUUUUAA